AUGAGCCAUUCACACGACCACUCUCAUGACAUUGGCAGCGCUGGUGAGCAUGGACACACGCACGAGCACCUGGACAGCGCUGGCAAAUAUAGCGACAGAGAUCUGCCCGACUACUCUCACCGCGACUUUGAAGAAAGAGCCUUUACUAUCGGCAUAGGCGGUCCCGUAGGCAGCGGCAAGACUGCACUCACGCUGGCGUUAUGCAGGCACUUUCGAGACAAGCUCAAUAUCGCUGUGGUGACGAAUGACAUCUUCACACGAGAGGAUCAAGAAUUUCUGAUUCGGAAUGACGCGCUGCCCGACAAAGGACGCAUACGAGCCAUUGAGACCGGCGGUUGCCCGCACGCCGCCAUCAGAGAAGACAUCUCUGCCAACCUGAACGCACUUGAGCAGUUACAAGCCGACUAUGGCUGCGAGCUCCUCUUUGUAGAGUCUGGCGGCGAUAAUCUUGCGGCCAACUACUCUCGCGAGCUCGCCGACUAUAUUAUCUACGUCAUCGACGUCUCCGGAGGUGACAAGAUACCGCGCAAGGGUGGCCCAGGAAUAUCACAGUCAGACCUGCUUAUCAUCAACAAAAUCGAUCUGGCCGAAUAUGUCGGCGCUUCGCUCGAGGUCAUGCGACGAGAUUCUGCGAAGAUGCGAGACUCCGGGCCAACUCUCUUCACAAGUGUCAAGCACAACCAGGGCGUGGAGGGUGUUGCCGAGCUCAUUCUCAGCGCAUGGCAAGUCAGCGGCGCCAAGACGGCAUGA